UACAAUCUGUUAUUGUGGCAGUAUUCAUUACACUGUUUUAGUGAUAGCAAUAUAUUCAGAGUUCUUUGCAAACUUUUUAAUAAACUGUGAACUAAAAUCGUCAUGUCUCAGCCCCUUAAAGUGUGGUCCAAAUUCUCUGUCACUAAAAAAGAUGGCAGUGUUCUCAAUUUACGUAUUGUGGACAUACCCAAAGAUCCAAAGAUCAUAGAAAAAGCCCUGGACAACUUUUUUAAUUAUUUCAUAAAAGAAGAACGUACCUUCAAAGCAGCAGGAGUUCCAGAUAGUGAAGAAGCUAUGCAAGAAUUAAGGAUGGCAUUUGAUUAUGGGAUGGAUCCCAGCAGCCAACAAAAAAUAGAGUUUAGCAUUUGUUGCUUAGAUACUGGAGAUGACCAGAUUCAUGACGUGAUUGGUGGAUCAAUACUGAUAUACAAAACAAAGGCAGACGCAGAAAAAGAAGAAAAGCACGUCUUCAACGCAGCAGCAUUGAACAAAGUAUCUCAAAUGGCAGAAGAUUUAGCAGAGAUUUACGACGAUAUGAGGGCAUUCAAUUUAGAUCAAUACUUCAUUUGUAGAGGUGUGUUUGUGUGUCCAGAGUACAGGGGCCUUGGUAUUGCUCAGGAACUUCUUAGAAUCAGACGACUUAUUUGCAAAGAGUACGGUAUACCAAUCACUGGUGCCUGGAUGACGUCACCAGGCACACAGAAGGCUGCGGAGCGUGAUGGCUGGGAGACAGUGUGUGAGCUGAAGUUCUCAGACUUGGAGAAGAAAUUCAAUGUCACCUAUGAGAAAUUUCCGCCUACCAAUAAAUUUAUGAUUGCUAGAGUAGAGCUUUAAAAAUUAUGGUACGCGUGUGCCAUUAGAAAAUCAUUCUUAAUGAUAAUAUAAUAAAAGCGUGAAUGUUAUCACACUGUAUAGUAAAAACAUAAAAAUACGAUACUUU